AUGUCGUCCUUGUCACACGAUCACCUUCGAGAGACGAUUCAGUUGGUUGCUCCCUCUCAACAAUCGGGUGUAGCUUUUGGCUCAGAUGAAGACAACGCAGCUUCCACUACCUUGCUUGUGGGAGCGAUAUUCACGGCACUUUUUUUCUUGCCCUACGUUGUCAUUGGAGUGCAUCAACAUUUCUAUGGCUACACCGCGACAACGCACCAGUUGAACAGGGGACGUUCUUGUACCGAUUCGAGGAUUCAUGACGAGGCGGCCAGGGCGGAGGUGGGAGUCCCGCUAAAUCUAAAUCUUAAUCAAGCUCUUUGGGGUCAUUUUGAUGAUUUCGCAGAACAACUUGAUCGUCAGGUUCAACAAAGUUACUUUGGGCAACGACUACCACAUCAAGCACACCAUUUUUAUGCUGACCACUCAGAAGGAGCUACCGGACAACAGUUCGUCCUGCAGCCACGACGCCCCUCUGCUGAAUCAGAAAGUGCAGUAACAGAGUCGACAACUACUACCGAGGUGGAGAUGAAUUCUCCUUCUGGAAAUGAACACAAACACACGCGACGAAAUGCAACAGACGCAGACGAUGAUGCCAGCAGCUCGUGCAAAGAUGUCUGUGUUGCUUGUUUAAGUGAUGAUGUGAAACCUACGAUCCUGUUCCUCCCCUGUGCCCAUUUGGCAUUGUGUCAACAUUGCGUUGGCAAAUGUCCUCGUGCUGGUGUCAAUGGGUCCUUACACCGUUGUCCUAUUUGUCGGUCGGAGGGCAGAGUAAUGAAGAUAUUUCGGGUUUAGAUUGAUCAUGUGCUCGUGCUGUAGGCAAAUGAUGAUAUCAAGCAGUAACCUUCUUUCCUUUAUUUGGUUCGCGAACAUGAACUAAGGCUAAGGUGGUAACCAAUAUUUUGAUUGAGCGAUUUUUUUCCUGUGAAGAUAUUGAUAUGAGAACCUUGAGUUUUUUUCCAAGAAAUAGCAAUAUUAAUAGACGUCUAAAGACGUCUACUUAAUCAUUAGCAAUAGACGUCUAAUCAUUUUUCAAAAAUGAUUUUUGUACUUACACGACUGAAUAAGAAGAAACAACAACAGAAAGUAGAAUGCUGUAGAUGCUCUGGUGUAGAUGCUCGCUGCAGAACUCAUUCCAAAACUGAAUUCUUAUAGGAAAAACAGACGAAUUCUGAUCAUAUUUGCUACUCUGAAGAUGCUCAAAUCAGAUUUUCUGGGAGAAGAGCCACCAGUGCGGACGUGAAAUGCGUGCUUUCUUUGCGCCCACCCCAGCUGGUGCGCCGAACGAUUCGAAAAAUUUGUAAAUUGUAAAUUGUUGCCGUGUGGUUCUCAAAAAAUUGCACGAACUGCAACUAGAACAAAUACGAACUCAGUCUCAGUCUCAGGGAAGAUGAUCAUCAUUGCAGCAGCUGUUGUUGUCAUGAAGAUCGGCCUGAUUGUUGUCAUGAUGAUCGUCCACGUCAAUCAUUUUGAAGACAACCUUUCUAAGUCCACCUUCUACUUGCCGACUUACAGCGACAGCGACACGAUUAAAGGCGACUCAAUUAUUUCUAGUGAUUUUCAUGUAAUUAUUUCUAGUGAUUUUCAUGUUGGAUAAUCGAAAAAGAGUUUCAAGGUUCUAUUUUGUCCUAAUAUGUUGGAGUUGGUGGCAUCGACCACACUUCUGUUUUCGAUACUGAUUCUGGGAUGGUAUAAUGAUUUUUUAUCUUGACGCGAACUGUGACGUGAGAUUAUGCUAAUUUGGUGAACACGUCCACGGUGAAC